AAUUUUCAAAUUGGACCCAAAAUAAAAGUGUAUAUAACAAGUUGUUUCGACUAGUCAGUUGUUGAGUCUACGCCAGCAAACGUUACCACUUAUCAUCUGUUAUCAGACCAGUCUCAACAUGAACAAGAUAGUUUUAACUCUCGUCGUCUGCCUCGGUCUUGUUGGUUACGUGUCGGCUUCUACGUCGUAUGGAAUGGGAGCUUGCCCUGAUGGAGUAGAGGUUGGCAAAUCAUGGUACCCAUCGGGAUGUCAGCGAUGCGACUGUUAUGGUGGAAGCUACCAAUGCUACUCAUGCGGUAGUGUCAGCUUCCCACCUGAGUGCACGGCGUUUUACGAUACCACCAAAAAUUACCCAGAUUGCUGUGAACCUAGACUUGUCUGUCCAGACGAUUUAAGUGAAGAUUAAAAUGUUAACAAGUUCCAAAACGUUAAGAACAUAACAAAAUUAAAAUUUAAAUCCAAUGCAAAUAAUGAAGUUCAACUUUUU